UCAUACUUCCCACAUCGUUGUAAUGUAAUUUUGUCCAAUCCGACAGUACGCUCAUUUCGGAACAAACAGUGAAUAACAAAUAUCAUCAAGUCUACCUUGGAAUAAAUGUGAUAAAUCGUAUAGAAAAAAUAAAUUUGAGUUACCUAUUACCAAAUUAUUUCAAACUUGGAAUGUUUUUCGUCGCCCUAAAAAAAAAACAAAAAAAAAAAUUGACAUCGGAGACAGUAAAAGAUCAAAAUAUUCAUAAAUUCGUGGUAGCCGUCCAAAAUAAAUAAUAGUGCUUUUUCCUGGAGAAAUUGCUUUAAGCCUGUGACCAUUGUUUGCAGUAACAAAAGUGAAUUGCGAAAAAAGAAGACAAGCCCUGAAAACAUUAUAACCUACAAUUGAAAGAAGAAACAAAGCGUAGGAGAAAAGAAAAAAAAGGAGAAACACCUGAAUCUGUCUCGGUCCAUUCCCAAUUCCAUUGUUCGAUCAUCGAUCAAGGAUAAAUAAAAAAAACAUUGAUACAUAGUGGGGAUUACGUGGUGAAGAGAAUAACUACUACACAAACAACUGGCUCUCUUAAUUACUCUUUUUUUUUUUAUUUUUGGGUAGUGUCAUUUGUUAGUUGUUGUUGAUUUGAGUGCCCAGCUCUCUUCUGUUUAGUGUGUUGUAUGUACUUGGUGAACACAUUACUUUACUUGGAUAGCUGUAUAUACCUACAUACAUUUCUGCUGUUGCGGAGCACCAUUCACUCUCACCCCCCAGUACUGCAAGUAUUUGAGAGCAUACGUGAGAGCAACGACAUUUCAUUCUCUUGGCUAUUUGGUUUAAAUUCCACGCACACCCCACCUUAAAACAAAUUAGAAGACACCGCUUGCUGCUGCUUUCUGCCUGUGUUUGUCAAACAAAUUCGAUUCAUUUGAUUUAAUAUCUGUGUCAUAAUGUUCCAAAACGACUUUCAUAGAAAGAAGAAUUUUGCAAACCCACAUUUUUUCAAAACCUCUUCAGCAACGCCAAAGGAAAACUCUCCAGCUCCUGCCGCACAGCCCACGCCAGCUGCUGGACGUCCUGAAGCCAAAGAGGAAACCAACAAAGAAACUGAAGAAGUACGCACAGAGCAUUUGAUCAAGCAUCCGCUGCAAAAUACCUGGACACUUUGGUAUUUGGAAAACGACCGUUCUAAAUCAUGGGAAGACAUGCAAAAUGAAAUUACCAGUUUCGACACCGUUGAAGAUUUCUGGAGUCUCUACAAUCACAUCAAACCUCCAUCUGACAUUAAAAUAGGAAGCGAUUAUUCACUCUUCAAAAAAGGUAUCCGACCAAUGUGGGAAGACACGGCUAACAAACAGGGUGGUCGUUGGGUGAUCACAUUAAAUCGGUGUCCCAAAAGUGAAUUAGAUAAUCUAUGGCUUGAUGUGAUUUUGUGCCUAAUCGGUGAAGCGUUUGAUCAUUCAGACCAGAUAUGUGGUGCCGUUGUCAAUAUUCGCCAGAAGAAUAAUAAAAUUUCAAUUUGGACUGCCAAUGGCAACAAUGAAGAAGCAGCCCUUGAGAUUGGCCACAAACUGAGAGAAUCUUUGCGUUUGGGUCGUCAAAACUUACUUUAUCAGCUACAUAAGGAUACAAUGGUGAAAACGGGUUCAAAUGUCAAAUCUAUCUACACUUUGUAAACAAUUCUCUGCGAGCACAUAGAAAACAAAUUGGAUAUCAAAUUUUAGCCAUUACAUUCAAACACACUCACGCACCACUCGGACAUUUUUAUCUAUGCAAUUUCGGAAAAUUUGUAACGGAGUCUUCCCCCAUUGCGUAUGAAUGUGAAAUUAUUUUAAUUUCCUCCAGUAAUUUGCCAAAGUCCUUUGGCUCAACUCCUCAAGUCAACCGCAAAUUGCAAACUAAAUUCAAUUCAAUUGCAAGUAAUUGAGUCUCUUGGGCAUCAAUCAAUUUUCCAACGGCAUUUCUCUUCUGCAAUGAAUUACUUACAACAAUUACAAAAAGCUGGUCUUAAUUAUCGUCACCAACACGAAAAAAAAUACAAGAGAAAUCGGAAUGAAUGCUUUUUCACAUUUGUUUUGGCUUUUCGGAAACUUGUGGCAUGGCAAUUCCAAAGCAAGAAAUCCUUGGAAACUUCUGCCUAUCUAGAGACAACUACGCUGCAACGGAUACAAAUAUAAUUUUUUUAAUUUUACUUUUGUGUUGUAAAAUUGUAAAAAUAACAAUUACACACAUAUUGCUAGAUAUAUAUAUAUACAUAAAAUAUAUUAUACACGUAAACGAA